AUGGGAGUUCCCGUCGUGGCCCGAAGCUAUCAAUCUAAGCUGGGAUGGCCCGAGGGCAAGCAAAACCUGUUGGCCAUAUCGCAUCCCGUAGCAACAAUUGGCUCAGCACAACACCCGGCAACGGGCAGCGAUCAGCUAGCAACCGAUCUCAGGAGCGAAGUUGUUAUUUGGGGCAUUCGCAGGCAGAGGCAGGCCUUGGAAUGUGGGAACAUAGCGCUGCGCAUUCCAGUCGUUGUUCGACUCUCGCACGCAGAGGCCACGCCCAAAGCACCAACUCUUCUCGACUGCAAGUGCAAGUGCAACGAGCCAGUCCGGCGGCCCCACAACGGCAGCCAUUACCGCUCAAACAUGGAGGUGCCGAGCAGUGAGCAUGAGCAUGAGCAUGAGCACGACCUCGAGUCGACCUCGACCUCGACCUCGACCUCGUCGCAAGACCAUGUUAUGCCGCGAGGGUAUUCUUAG